GUAGCAAGUUCUAUCUACUGUCUUCCUUUCUCCGUUUUAAUCACACAUGAAAGCAACAAGGUGCAACACUGCUGCCAGAGCGCUGAGUUUCCCAGAGGGCUUACUUUUGCUAAUACUGGGACGUUCCAAUGAGGGUAAAUAUUUCCAAAGAAGUGCCCCUUUCAUCUCACUUUGCCUCUAAUGGGAGUGCAGCUGUGCUGCUGCUGCAGAGCAUUAGUGCAACAGACAAUUGCACAGAACCCAGAAAAGAGUUCCAGCAUUCCCUUUAUGCAGCGACGUACACCAUCGUCUUCAUCCCAGGCCUCCUGACCAACAGCAUGGCCCUGUGGAUUUUAUGCCGCUUCAUCAGCAAGCAAAACAAAAACAUCAUCUUCAUGGUUAAUUUGGCCACUGCUGACCUCAUUCAAGUCCUUUCCUUGCCUCUGCGGAUAUAUUAUUACAUCAACUACAAGUGGCCAUUUGGAACCUUCCUCUGCCAGCUCUGCUUCUAUCUGAAGUAUCUUAACAUGUAUGCCAGCAUUUGCUUCCUUACGUGCAUCAGCGUUCAAAGGUACCUCUUCCUUCUCCAUCCAUUCAGGGCCAAAGGGUGGAAACGGAGGUACGACGUGGCCAUAUGUGUUGCUGUGUGGAUCUUUGUUGGAGCUGCUUGCUUGCCAUUUCCAUUGAUGAGAAGUUCAAACAGCAAUGAUACUUGCUUUACCGACCUUGGCGUCAAGAAAAUAGGCAGCCAUGUCAGCUCAGUUCUGUUGGUGCUAGUGGCUGAAAUUGUUGGGUUUUUGACCCCUCUCAUCACCAUUGUCUACUGCACUUGGAAGACAAAAGCCUCCCUCCAAGAAUGCCAUAUCCCUCUGCAAAACACUACCGAGAAGCAGAAGGCACUACGGAUGGUUGCUACGUGUGCCAUUGUCUUCUUCGUGUGUUUCACGCCAUAUCACAUUGUGUUUUUCUUCUUUAUGAUGGUGAAAGAGGACGUUAUCAGAGACUGCGGCGCACGCUGGUUUAUCCUGCACCUGCACCCUUUCUGCUUAAGCCUUGCAAGUCUUAACUGUUGCUUAGAUCCAAUCCUCUAUUUCUUCACAACAUCAGAAUUCAAGGGUCAGGUGUCAAGACACAGCAGCUUGGCCAUCAGGAGUCGUCUGAUGAGCAGAGAAAGUGCUUCUUCUGUUAAGGAAUAAAAUAAGUUGGACUUCUAAUCAUUCAAGGAGCCAUAGUCAGAAGCUGUAUACAGAGCCACAUGACUCGUCCAUCUCGCUUUGUAUCAUCUUGUGCAGUCAGGAGUCCACGCAUAGCAUGGAGAGGACCGCCCUGGGCUCAAAAUUCUUAGGAGUGCACAAUUUCAACACCCGGUGUUGCCUCAAUACAGGUGAGCGCUUCUGUCUCUGGGGUCCAUUGAAAAUGAAUUCUCCAUGUGAACCAGAAAGUGACCUCUCUAUACAACAGAAUGACUCUUCUUUUUUUAUCUCUGUGGCUGCAAUCUCCUGGGUGACACGGAUGCCCUUAUGCAGUUGAAUGUGCAUGCAUACUCCAUUCGUUUCCCUCCCCUCCCCACCCCCACCCCCUUCAUGUGGCCAUGGGAACUGGAAACUCACGCUACGCCAUUGACACCAAGGGGGAGACUGAAAGAGAAGAAGAUCCUACAAAACUUGACGACGUCAUUUCAACAGGCAUGUCCCCAGUAUGUGAAAAGUGGGGGGGGGGGCUAUGAUGAUGGGGGCACUCUGCCUCACCUAACUUAUUGUUAAUUGUAUAAGGGAAAACAGCCAAUUGGGUUUUUGUCAACCAAAGAACACAAGAACUGUCUAAAGACAGAGCUACUCACUAAAGAGUAGUGACUCAGACUGCAUGUUCAUCCAGCCCAGUGUCUCAAGCAGGAAUCUUUAUUCUAACUCAUACCUGGAGAUGCCAGUGACUGAACAUAUAUUCAGCUAUGACACUUUCCCUGAUAAAGCAAGAUAGAAAACUAGCUCAGUAUCAUCAACACUGACUGGUAGCAGCUCUCCAGGAUUACAGGCAGAGUUCUUUCUCAUUCCUACCUGGAGAGCUCAGGGAUUUAUUAUGGGGUUUUCUAUAUGCAAAGCUGAGGCUCCACCACUAGGCUGCAGCCCAUCACCUGCUAACCCCCAUACAGCAGCUUCUGCAGUUCUGUGUGGGAGACUAGCUCAGCUGAUAGAGCACGAGACUCUUAUAGUAAUUUCAGGGUUGUGGGUUCAAGCCCCACAUUGGGCAAAAUAUUCCUACAUUGCAGGGGGUUGGACUAGAUGACCCUUGUGGCCCCUUCCAACUCUACAAUUCUAUGAUCUUAUGAUACAAUGACAUUUGGAGAAUAAAUAAGGUAGUCACCUAGUUAAAAAAAAGUAUGCCGGCCAAGGAUAUGCCCCUUUCCUCAGAAGCAAAUCCUACUGAUUUCCAUUGGGAAUGUUCCCUGUGAAACAUAUGCAUUUUAUUUGUAGAUUCGUUGAUUAUAUCUGCAUAAUUGUGUACACAAACAUGUACAUACAUGAAUAAAAUAACAGUUUUAAGGAAAAAAGGCAAGAGCACUGUGUUCUCUUCACCACUGUUCAACAAAAACGUAAGCCUUAUUUUGCCAUCCUCUCAACACCCCAAAGAUUGCUAUGAUGGGGAGGAAGGACAUGGAUUGCUAGUUCUGCCUCAUUCCCUG